CACCACUGGAUGCGCCUUCCCGACGAUCGAGCGCUGGGGACGCCGACACGUUAGCGACGCGCAGUUCUCAUUCUCGUAACGUUCGUGGAGCAUUCAUCUCUUGGAGCUCAGCAGCUACGUUUAAAGAUAGUAUUAAUCACCGAGUGGGUGCUUCUAAAUAACAAAUUUAUCAACUCAACGCAUUCUUGUUCCGACAACUAGCAACAUGGCCAUCAGCAAAUUGUCAAUCAUUAAAUUCCUGGAACUCGCGAUUGCGAUUGUAUGCACCGGUUUGCUCUACAAAAAUGACAUGACAACAGAUAUAAUGACUAAUCUGGUCAGCGCCGGCACCUUCGUCGGCUUUGUGAUCAUCCUCAUUGGAGGGUUCAGUGGACAUCUGGCAUCGUCACCAAUUACAAAAAGAAUCGACGUCUUCUACUGUCUAGUUGGAUGCGCGCUUUUUAUUGCCGCCGGUGCGUUGAACAUUAAGUACUAUGAGAAUACAUGGAAAGGAGAAAAGCGCGACUACGGUCUUGCUAUUGGAUCACUGUCAAUUAUUAACGGAGCCUGUUUUCUUAUUGAUUCGCUGUUUACAUGGCGCGGCGAGUACUAAACCACUUCCGUCGCCAAAGUUUGGGUGCCACCAUGCCGCUAGUGGCUUCUAACUUUAACACAUUUUUAUGCGAUGCGCGCGUAAAGCCGCUUUUGAUGUCAAUAUUGAACAAUUUCCAUUGUUAAAUGUUUCUUACCCGUUUUUUUUCUGUAUAUUGUACUAAUCUACUUGAUAAGGAGCACCAUCUCCAUUUUGAUAAGUCGCAUUGACGAACAAACACAAAUAUUUAUAUACGCGAAAUUCAAUGUUGUGCCUUUCAGAUACUUCCUAAAAAUAUUUUUACGAUUAACUCCGACCAAAGAUAUAUAAUCGAAGUUAUUUUAUAUCGUAUUUGCUAAUAUUGUGCUUCAAAUUUGCAUGAUGUGCAGAUAAAGUCCAUGUGUCAAUGUAUGUAAACUGCGCAAAACUGUCUAUCUUUUUAUACGCUUUUACACAAAAUCUAUCAUUUUUUACAUUACUUUUGUAACUCGAUUUGUUUUUAAUAUAUAUAUAUAUAUUUACUCUAAUAUAAAA